CCCCCGAUCCCCUUGCCUGGGCGCCGCCGCCCCUUGGCCCCUGGGGGCGCCGCCGGCUCCAUCGCUGUGUGCGCCGCCGCCUCCUUCAUGCGCCGCUCACGUCGAUGGCCAGUGCCGCUGGCGUCGCCGCCGGCGCCGCCGCCGCCGAAGCCGAGCGGCCCGCGCGGCACCUCCUCUCUCUCCCUCUUCUCUGUCCGCAUCGCCCUUUGGGGGCGCCGCCGCAGCUCUCUGGCGCUCCGCCGCCGCCUUCGCCGUCGCUAGCAUGUGUCGCCGGAGGGCGCCGCGCUAAGAGCUGCCACAGACGCCACCGUGGCCGCCGUGCGCGGCCGCCGCUCCGGUGCCCCGCUGCGCGGCCCCCUGCGGGUGUGCCGCCGCCUCGGGCCGCCCCCUGCACCGGCCAAGGGCCGGCCGCCGAUGGCAGCGAUGCGUGCACCGGCAAGGCCGGGGCUGAGGCUGCCGGUGGUGCGGCCAUGGAGGAGACUACGUGCGGCACUGAUGGGGUCGCGUGAGCGGCCGUUGAAACGCCAGCAUCUACCACUGCGAAAAAGGCAGUCGGUGGUGAUGACGUCCUGUGAGACGCCGGCCAUGGAGGCCCACAGAAGUGUCCACCAUCCACCAGUGCUUCGGAAGUGAAGACGAUGAUGGCGUCCAGUGGUGGCCUUGCAGGAACUCGAUGAAUUCGAUGGAGCGUGAGUCCCUCUUGUUUCUGUUCUCGUGUUUGCCUAGUAGAGAGGAAAGUGCAUGAUAACGAGUUGUGAACGGUUAUUCUCUGUAUUGAUUGAUUGUUUUUAAAUACGAAAGACAAGGGCACAAGGGACAUAUUUCUUUGGGAUGACCCCCUCAUGAAUAGUAACUUCCUAGUUAUGUCAUAAUAAUGUUAUUAAUUUAAUUAAUUAAUAAAUUAUAGAAUUGAUCACUAAUUCCUAAUUUCUUCAUAACAAUCCCAACAACAACGACAAUGAGAAUACAACCAACUAUAGACAAAUAGAUGAUAUAUAGGAGCUUAAUUAUUCGGACUUUAACGUGCCAGUUGUUGACGGUCUAUUUUGACCGUGCUCCUCUCCUACUAAGAGAAUAGGGAAAUAAGAAUCAUCAGCUGGGAUGAAACAAGAUUGGUCGUGGCUUAGGCUUUUCGUGCACUAACACAUGUCAAAAUUCUACACAAAAUUUAAACAUCAAAAGACAUAUGACAGAUUAUUAACGAAUUUCAUGGAUGCUGAUUUAAAAUGUAUGCAAGUGAAUUUAAGCUAAAAACACAAGCAAAUGGACAACGUGAUCCAAGGCACGAAUUUCUCAUAAAUCAGACGCGAGCACCAUGUUUUACCGUCAAUUGGAUAAGGAGGUGAGAGAAUGGUAAUGAAAGAAAAUGGUAAGAAAAGGAAAUAAUAAGAAAAUAGAAAAAUAAGUGUGUUAUGAAUAUUUAUUUUUUAUAUAUAUUUUAAAUAAUCCGCAUAAAUCAGUUACAAAAUAUUUUUCUAACCAGACAAAUUGGAGAGAGAAAAAAAACUUUUCAUCAGAGUAGAGCCAUAGUGUCCAAUCCCCUCUCUUUUUUUUUUGUUAAGAUCCGACUGCGCGUCCGGGAUGCUGUUCGAUCGACCGAGAAUGGCUGAGCAAAAACACCAUCAAUUACAUCGAGAUGGAAAUCACUCGGCCAACUAAGGUGCCCAGGGCCGAGUCUGCAUCUGAUUUUGAUUCCUACAAUGAAUGGCUGAGCCGUGAAGAACGUCCUUUAUCAUACACCUUGGCCCCUGGUAGUUGGAAGGCCACCACAUGGAGUAUGCCUAUCCCAAUCACUUCGUGGGACAACUGGCAACGUCAAUGCGUGAUCCAUUCGGAGGACGUCGAUCUCCCUGCUGACAACACAAUGCAUUAUGAGCUGCUGCAUAAGCUCAUGAGCAGCGGCGACAACGAGGACACAGAGGCAACCUUGUCCCUGGGAUAUCUUCGCAUGGCUUACCCCACCGUGAGCAUUGAUGAUGAUGAUGAUGACGUGGUUUACUUGGUGUCCAAAGGCACCAGCAUUCGAUCGGUGGAGAUGGAAGUUGCAGUUGACGUGAGGACAGGGACCCUGCAAGGAGUGGCGAAGCUUGAUACCAAUAGGCACGUUGGUUUUUUGCGCCGCUGCCUUGGUAGUGGGAUCUCCAAAUAUCUCAAUACUAUAGGUAUAUGCGGAAAUCAACAAGUGUAUGACACCGAGUCCACCUUAGAUGCAGCCUCAGGUUAGAUGGAGUAUUUCUCGCUGAAGGAGUUAGACUGUUGGCAAAGUUCUGCAACAAGAAAACUAUCCGGGUCGUGGUGGUGCACUUUGGAAGGAUGCUGAAGAGGAAGAGUUGGUAUUAAGUUAAUAAAGUAAGACAAGACCGUAGUAUUCUGUUAAGUGGUUGUGUAAUGAACUACUAGUGAAAGGCGCGCCAUUUAUAUGAUACUCGGAGGAAUAAUUUUAUGAUUGUUUACAAUGUACA